CUCCCCCUAUAGUAAGGAAUUGGAGAUGGGAUUACUUGACCAUUUGUCAGAAGUGUGUAGCAUCACAGACACCAGGAGAGCUCUGGAAAGGAAGAAGAGAAAGAGGCCACUCCAAACUGUGCAGAUAAAGGUUAAAAUGGACUGCGAUGGCUGUGAACGAAGAGUGAAGCAUGCUGUCCGCUCAAUGAAAAAUGUAAUAUCAGUGGAUGUGAACAGAAAUCAAGGCCGAGUAUCUGUAACAGGACAUGUAGAGCCUGCAAAGGUUUUGCAGAGGGUGAGGAGCACAGGGAAAGUAGCUGAGUUCUGGCCUUAUGCUCCUCAUAAUCUGGUUUUCUACCCUUAUGUUGCUGGGGCUUAUGAUAAGAAGGCCCCAUCAGGGUUUGUUCGCAAAGUUCCUCAAGCCAUGUUGAGCCCGGGGAGCUCUGUGGAGAGGUAUAUUUCUAUCUUUAGUGAUGACAAUCCCAAUGCUUGUUCUAUGAUGUGAGGGGAGAUAGACAUGCUAGGUUGGCUUUUAGCUUAGUUUUGUGGUAAUAGUUGGUGAUGUUUUGUGUGUCACUGGAGAAAAUAUUACGUGCGGCUAGCUGCACGCUGCACGUCCACGUCCGGAUGACUGUCCAGAUGAGGCGCAUGGAGGCUUAUUCAGACCAUCGUCUUUACUUGUGGUUGUUGCAUGUAAUAUUUGCUCGUGUGAUUGAUUGAACAGAAUACGAAUAGAAAUGAGUUGUUCGUGUAAUAAUUUGUGCUUA